CUGAGCAGAAAAGUGCUCUGUUGUGUCACAAAGCAUUCAUAGUGCGGAAUCACGGGUGCAGUGUGGCCAUACUAUGUGUGGCAAAUAAACUUCCCACAUCAUACAUUCAUAAAAUCGAAUUAAGUCAACAUUCCGUUCCAGCCCAGUGAGCUGAUUGGAUAAUACAGAAAGAUUAAUGAGUGCCCGCUGUUAUGUAUCAUUUUAUUAUUAGCCGCAUGGGAUUCCUGCCGAGCCUCCCGCCAGCUGUCAGAUCUGGAACGCCGUAGGAGGUUGGCGUGAUUUGGUGAUGGGGUUCCACUACUGUGCCGUCUUAUGGAAGAUUCUUCUCACCGUGGGACUGGUCGCCUUCUACUACAGCUUCUCUAUCGGGAUCACUUUCUACAACAAAUGGCUUCUCAAGAGAUUCCAUCUCCCUCUGUUCAUGACUCUCGUCCAUCUCCUGAUGAUCUUCCUGUUGUCGGCCCUCAGCAGGGAACUGAUGGCGUGUUACAGCGGCCGCGCAAGGGUCACCCUGACAUGGUCCGACUACCUCAAAAAAGUGGCCCCCACAGCUUUGGCCACAGCCCUGGACAUUGGACUUUCCAACUGGAGCUUCUUGUACAUCACUGUGUCUCUGUACACCAUGACAAAGUCUUCAGCUGUCCUCUUCAUCCUGUUCUUCUCCCUGUUGUUUAAGCUGGAGGAACCGAGACCCGGACUAAUCCUAGUGGUCCUGCUGAUAUCAGGAGGACUCUUCAUGUUCACGUUCAAGUCAACGCAGUUUGACACCAGGGGUUUCUUACUAGUUCUAGCUGCUUCUUGCCUUGGUGGUGUCAGGUGGACCCUCACCCAGAUCAUCAUGCAGAAGGCAGAGCUUGGUUUGCAGAACCCAAUAGAUACGAUGUACCACUUGCAGCCGGUCAUGUUCCUCAGCCUUUUCCCUCUAUUCGUUGGCAUUGAAGGUCUUCAUGUGUCGACAUCAGAGCAGCUGUUUCGUUACCACGAUGUUAAUCGACUGCUGGUUCUUCUGAGUGCUCUCUGUGCCGGGGGAUUGCUUGCAUUUGGACUGGGAUACUCAGAGUUCCUCUUAGUGUCCAGGACAUCAAGUCUUACCCUUUCCAUCGCGGGCAUAUUUAAGGAGCUCUGUAUUUUGCUGUUGGCGACACAGUUACUGGGCGAUGAGAUGAGUCUUCUGAAUUGGUUGGGCUUUGCAGUCUGCGUUUUGGGUAUUGGUCUUCAUAUUGCUCUAAAGACAAGUCAUGCCAGAGCAGUAGACAACCACAAGCCACAUCGAGUUGGGCUAAGCACAGAUACGGAGCUGCUGUUGAUGGGACGUGAUGAUGAAGAAGAGGAAGAGACAUGACUGUUGUAGUAGAAAGUAAAAGAA